AGUGCUCCGUGAAGAAUGUGAUGGGAUCAGUAGCAUGUCUUCGGAGAGCGGCCCUGGGACGAGAUUAAGAAAUCUGCCCGUAAUGGGGGAUGGACUAGAAACUACCCAAAUGUCUGCGACGCAGGCCCAGGCGCAACCCCAGCAAGCCAACACAGCCAGCACCAACCCUCCGCCCCCGGAGACCUCCAACCCCAACAAGCCCAAGAGGCAGACCAACCAACUGCAAUAUCUGCUCAAAGUGGUGCUCAAGACACUAUGGAAACACCAGUUUGCGUGGCCUUUCCAGCAGCCUGUGGAUGCCGUCAAGCUAAACCUCCCUGAUUACUAUAAGAUCAUUAAAACACCUAUGGAUAUGGGAACAAUAAAGAAGCGCUUGGAAAACAACUAUUACUGGAAUGCUCAGGAAUGUAUCCAGGACUUCAACACUAUGUUUACAAAUUGUUACAUCUACAACAAGCCUGGAGAUGACAUAGUCUUAAUGGCAGAAGCUCUGGAGAAGCUCUUCUUACAAAAAAUCAACGAACUGCCCACAGAAGAAACAGAAAUCAUGAUAGUCCCGGCAAAAGGAAGAGGACGUGGGAGGAAAGAAGCAGGGACGGCAAAACCUGGCGUCUCUACGGUACCAAACACAACGCAAGCAUCGACUCCUCCACAGACACAGACCUCUCAGCAGAACCCUCCGCCUGUGCAGGCCACACCUCACCCCUUCCCCACUGUCACCCCAGACCUAAUUGUCCAGACCCCUGUCACAGUGGUGCCUAGCCACCCACCCAUCAUUGCGGCCACCUCACAGCCUGUGAAGUCAAAGAAAGGUGUUAAGAGGAAAGCGGACACCACCACUCCCACUACCAUCGACCCCAUUCACGAGCCGCCAUUGCUGCCCCCGGAGCCCAAGACCACCAAACUGGGCCCCCGGCGGGAGAGCAGCCGGCCUGUGAAGCCCCCAAAGAAGGACGUGCCCGACUCACAGCAGCACCCCACACUGGACAAGAGCAGCAAGGUCUCAGAGCAGCUCAAGUGCUGCAGUGGCAUCCUCAAGGAAAUGUUUGCCAAGAAGCAUGCAGCCUACGCUUGGCCUUUCUACAAACCUGUGGACGUGGAGGCGCUGGGCCUUCACGACUACUGUGACAUCAUCAAGCAUCCCAUGGACAUGAGCACAAUCAAGUCUAAACUGGAGGCCCGUGAGUACCGUGACGCUCAGGAAUUUGGUGCAGAUGUCCGGUUGAUGUUCUCCAACUGCUACAAGUACAACCCUCCUGACCACGAGGUGGUAGCCAUGGCCCGAAAGCUCCAGGAUGUAUUCGAGAUGCGCUUUGCCAAGAUGCCAGAUGAGCCUGAGGAGCCUAUGGUGGCAGUAUCCUCCCCUGCGGUGCCACCCCCCACCAAGGUUGUGGCUCCACCCUCAUCCAGUGACAGCAGCAGUGAUAGCUCCUCGGACAGUGACAGCUCAACUGAUGACUCUGAGGAGGAGCGAGCCCAGCGGCUGGCCGAGCUCCAGGAGCAGCUCAAAGCCGUGCACGAGCAGCUUGCAGCCCUCUCGCAGCCCCAGCAGAACAAACCAAAGAAAAAGGAGAAAGACAAGAAGGAAAAGAAAAAAGAAAAGCACAAAAAGAAAGAAGAAGUGGAGGAGAAUAAGAAAAGCAAAGCCAAGGAGCUUCCUCCCAAAAAGACCAAGAAAAACAACAGCAGCAACAGUAAUACAAGCAAGAAGGAGCCGGUGCCUGUGAAGAGCAAGCCCCCUCCAGCAUACGAGUCAGAAGAGGAGGACAAGUGCAAGCCCAUGUCAUACGAGGAGAAGCGCCAGCUCAGCCUGGAUAUCAACAAGCUCCCUGGUGAGAAGCUGGGCCGAGUGGUACACAUCAUCCAGUCAAGGGAGCCCUCACUGAAGAACUCCAACCCCGACGAGAUUGAGAUUGACUUCGAGACCCUGAAGCCAUCCACCCUGCGGGAACUGGAACGCUAUGUCACCUCCUGUUUGCGGAAGAAACGGAAACCUCAAGCCGAGAAAGUGGAUGUGAUUGCUGGCUCCUCCAAGAUGAAGGGCUUUUCGUCCUCAGAGUCUGAGAGCACCAGCGAAUCCAGCUCCUCUGACAGUGAAGACUCCGAAACAGGUUAG